UCUCUUCACUUCACUAGCUCACAAGCAUCCUUCUCUUGUGCCUACACCAACCCUCCUUAUUCCUUUCCUCCGAUCUUUCUUCAAAUCCUAUUAGCUUUCAACCAAAUGGCUACUGUUGAGGUUGCAGCUGCUCCAGCAAUUCCAGAGACUGAGGUACCUGAGGUGACCAAGACCGAGGAGACAACCACAGAAACUGCACCACCUGGCUCUGCGCCAGUAGCCGAAGAACCAACAGAAGCAGCACCCGCUGCUGCCCCGGCCGCAGAACCUGAAGCUGAACCUGCAGUUGAGGUUGAAACCAAGGAGGUUGCAGAAGAACCAGCAAAAGCUGAGCCUGAAGAGGUUGCAGCUCCAGCAGUAGAAGAGACUCCUGCAGAAACUGUUACUGAGGAGCCCAAAGAAGAGACCAAGGAGGAGGCAGCGCCAGCUCCUGUUGAGGAAGAGAAACCAGCAGAAGAAGAGAAGCCAGCUGAAGCACCAGCUGCAGAGACAACCAGCACAGAAGUUCCAGUGGAGAUCACUGAGUGAAUAGAUUCUAUGAAGUGAAUAAUAGUACUGGUUGGGGUCUUUGUGUCUGUGAGGUUGCAUCGUCAAAGUCCUCAGAGGUUUCUGUUUUGUUUCAUUUCUCUCUUUAUUGAUUUAUGAUUAUGGCUAAAGAAAAGGGUUUUCGGUGGGAUUAUGCAUGGGAUGUGGAAGCUAUAGAGUCAAUAUUAAGCACUUGGAUCCGCAUCAGGUUGCCAGCCCAGGUCAGAAUACACAACAAGGAUAGUUGCUAUUGAAGUGUAAGGGUCAUGAGCCAUGACUCAUGAUGUUGGCAUGGGGUUUGGAUCUAUGCGGGUUCCAAUAGGUACUAUUGGUUUUGAAAUGGUGUGAUGAUGUGAUCUCUAGGCUUGAUAAUAAAAAUUAUAAUUUAUGUUUAGUUGA